UUUAUCGUAUCCACGAUGGCCUCCUGUGCCAAGCACUGCGCCCAGAACAUUAAAGAGUCUCAAUAACUGCUUCAUCAUCAUCAUCAUCAUCAUGUUUUUAAAAAUAGCAAUCACCAUUUACUCAGCACUUAGGUUAUGUGCCUUGUCUAAGCUCAAAAGUUCUCAACACCAAUCUGUGGGGGAGCUAGGAAUGAAGCUGAACAGCCCAAGCCACACACACAAAUGCUCUGUCAUUCAGCUUUCAGAGUUCCCUUCUCCCUUUUUUAAAUGGACAAGAUAUCAAUUACAAAUGAAAACUUCCUGAAUUAUUUCCUUAUUCCACCUCUCUCCUUCUAGACUGUCAACUCCUUGAAGGCAGGCAGCUCCCAUGAUUCACGCUUAUCUAUAGAUCCUGCUCUACAUUUAACACCAUACCUUGCACACAAUCAAGACCCAGUAAAUACCUGCUGACUUAGGAAGGCAAAGAACAAAUUAUAACAGGUAGAAACUGAAGCAAAAACAGGAAACACAGAAAGCAGAAAUAUUGGUCAGCUAACCGACUAGCUUAUUUCCUCUUUUUUAUUUUCUCUUGUCAGUUCUUUAAUCGUUCUAGAGGCCAAGGCCUUGGGGCAGCCACUCUGCACAGCCCCUUGUGAUCCAAGCUCAGGGAUCUGCUCCAGGUUGGUUCACCCUUGGUCAAGGGGAAAUUAGAUGGGAGCAACCAGGCCAGACGAGGCAGGUUGGGCAGAGGGAGGUCUGUGAGCCUGGCCUCGCCCUACAUCAGGUCACUGUGCACUGAGUGAGCCCUGCUCCUCUGGUAAGCCCAACCUGCCCUCUUCCCAUUGCCCCUCCCCCACCCCAUAGGCGGGAACCCCAGACACCCUGCCCUCCCUGGACAGCAGGGGGCGCCUCAGGCACCAGCUCCUCCCCCUGGGUCCUGCGGCUACACUUCCGGUCCGGUCCCUUUAGCCCCUGGCUGGAUGCCUUCAGUCCCUGGCCCUGGAUAAAAACCAAAGCAGAGGAGAGGGGUGAAGCAGAGGAAUCCAACUAGGAGGAGAAGCUGGUCCUGCCCCCUUUCUCGGGCUGCUCCCCAGCUGGCCUCUCUCCGGGAGCCUGAGUCCAGGAAACAGGAAGUGCUUAUUCUGAGGACAAGAGACAUGGGCCCUGCUGGCUGUGUCUUCCUGCUAUCGCUUCUGCUGGGGGUCUCAGGCACAGAGGAGGAGGAACCAGAGAAUCUCUUUAAGUCAAUCUGUGGGCGGCCUGCAGUCUCAACUGGCAUUGCCUCAGGCAUGGAGGCCAACGUGGGGCAGUGGCCCUGGCAGGUCAGCAUCCGCCACGGCUUGCUUCACGUCUGUGCGGCCACCCUCAUCUCACAGCGGUGGGUGUUGACGGUAGCGAGCUGCUUACGGUCUAAGGACACCAGAAAAUAUGGUGUAUUGGUGGGGUCGCUUCAGGUCGUUGGUCGCCCAGACUCCAAAACGACGAUAAUACCUGUGUCCAGGAUUAUUCCCCACCCUGAGUUCCAGGAAAACAUAUCGAGCGCCAUCGCUGUGGCGGAACUGGCCUACCCAGUUUCCUUUAGCCCUGUAAUCCUGCCCAUCUGCCUCCCCUCAUCUGGAGUUCAGCUGAAGAACUCAACCUCCUGCUGGGUGAUUGGAUGGAGCUAUUCUGGAAUAUACCAAUAUAGGAAACCAUCUUAUACACUCAAGGAACUGAAAGUGCCCCUCACUGAUCUCCAGACAUGCAGUGACUACUACCAGAAAGAAACCUUGUUGCACAGAGUCAAGCCCAACAUCAGUGAAGCCAGGAUCUGCUCCAAACUCCCAGAGGAGCAGAUGGAUCAGUGUAUAGGCAGUAGAGGAGAUCCCCUGAUGUGUCACGUGGAGGAUUUCUGGGUCCUGGCAGGAGUGGUCAACUCAGAAAGCAAGAUCCUCAGUGUUAAUAAAGUUUGGUUGUUUCUAACUAUUAUUUCUCAUAUUCACUCUUUUGAUGAAACUGGACACCGGGCCCGGACAUGGCACUGCUCAUCAAACCAUGGUGAGGUGGCGUCCCACAUGCUACAACUAGAAGGACCCACAACUAAAAAUACACAACUAUGUACCAGGGGGCUUUGGGGAGAAAAAGAAAAAAAAUGAAAUCUAAAAAAAAUCUAAAAAAACAAAAAACUGACAUCUCAUUACUUCUGUUGUAUUCUAUUCUUUAAAAGGGUGUCAACAGGUGUGAAUAUCAGGAGGCAAGGAUCAUUGGGGCCAUUUUAAAGCCUGCCUUCCAUAAGUAGAGUAAGGAAAGUGUCCCAUCUAAGGAGGUGAGAGGCUAAGACUGACCAUAUCUAGCAAUUAAAUAGAGGCAUGCAGGAGUUUAAAUAGAGGUAUUGGGGGAGAAUGCCUUCUGAGUCACCCAUUAACCCCUCCCACUGAAAGCACAUCAUGGUUGUGCUCAUAAGUGUUCUGGGGUUAGGAAGGAGUUUAUUAGAGAGAUUUCCAGCUCACAUUAUCCUGUGACCAGAAAGUAGCCUGAGAACAUAUCUCAUAUAAGAAAUGUAUGUGAAUACCAUGUCUUCUCAGACAAGGGAAACAAAAGAAAAAAUAAACAAGUGGGAGUUCAUCAGACUAA